AUGAACACACCAAAAAAUAACGAACAGAACAAAAAAUUUGUGCCGCGAUGCGACACAAUACCAUCCUCCGAGGAGGAUACCCUGCUGGCCUCUAGUCAAGAUACGGCUGAGUCAGCAAAGAGUAAGGGAAGUACCAGCCAUAGCACACCCUUACUAAGCAAGCAACAACAACAACAAAAAGUUCUACCACAAACCUCGAAAAAGGUGGCGGACGGCACUCAGAGAGAGAGUCAGGCCGGUAGAAAACACAAAUCCGAGGGUGCCCUCAUGAAGUCUCGCUACACGAAGGCGAGGUUCAUUCUAAGCAAGAUUGCCAAAAAUGAACUCGCUGGAGCGACUGACGAGCGUGACGCGGCUGACAAAUUAAAAUACCAGCAGGUGGUUAACGAGUACGAAGACUUCUUAUCCAAAAAACCCAAAGAGGACGACAACAAAAAAGGCGAUGCGAAAAAGAGAAAUAGGUCACAGGACGUGAUCGACCAGGCACCGAAGAGACCUAAGGUGUCUAGCAGCAUCGAAGAAACAAAGCAACGACCGUUCAGUGAGGUGGUUAAGGAUAACCUCCUAUAUGCACUGAUCGACGAGACCACAAACAGCGGCAAAGUGGUCCUGCAGAAGUGGGGGCAAGUGGAGACCAAACUGUCCAAGCUCGUGUUAGACAAGCACGUGGUUGGAGCACAGGGCGGAAAUCUCCCUUCCUUCGAUUCUGCAGGAGUACUUCGCGGCUGUAGAGUCAUCAAGUGCGACGACGACUGGUCAAGGGUUGUCCUAGAAAGGUGUGUUGCUGAGAUCAGCAGCACACUGGAAGGCUUAAAACUUAAGCUUAUUCCGGCCAAGGACAUCCCCUGCCCUCCUCGCGCUCGCAUUUGGCUGCCGGUGAUGGACUUGAGCGGUGCAGAAGUGCUGAAAUACCUGAAGUCACACAACCCUGCGGUGCCGAUGGACGACUGGGCAAUCGUGAAGGCAGAAAAACCGCAAAAGAGCAGCAUGUCAUUCGUUCUGCAGAUUAACGAUGAGUGCCUGCCAAUUCUAAAACAACACGACAACAAAAUGCGGUUUGGUCUAAGAAAGGCCAAACUAAAAAUUUUCAAAGCAGACAGCAAUGAAAAUGAGGAAGACCCAGAUGAGGCAGACAACAAUAUACAGCUAGAAAGACUAGAAAAGCUCGACCUAGCUGAAGACAACAACAAAUCCGAUGCCUAG